GAUCACUCACCGACGGUCGCCAUAGCAGCGGGUUACUUGAUCCCUGACCCCGCCCAGGGUCAUUUCCGGCGGCGCCAGACACAUCAUUUCCGGGUUCUCUACAGGCUCCGCUGUCAGCAUGAAGCCCAUCCUGUUACAAGGUCAUGAAAGAUCAAUCACCCAAAUUAAGUACAAUAGAGAAGGUGAUUUGCUGUUCUCUUGUGCAAAAGAUACUGUUGUUAAUGUCUGGUAUUCUCUGAAUGGUGAGAGGCUUGGCACUUACAAUGGACACACUGGAGCAGUCUGGUGUGUUGAUGUUGACUGGGAUACAAAACAAGUGUUAACUGGUUCAGCAGAUAACUCAUGCAGACUUUGGGACUGUGAAACAGGGAAGCAGCUUGCUUUUUUUAAAACAAGUUCUGCUGUCAGAACGGGUGGAUUUGACUUCAGUGGAAACAUCAUCAUGUUUACAACUGACAAGCAGAUGGGCUACCAUUGUUACGUCAGCUUCUUUGACAUACGAGACCCUGCUCAAAUAAGUAACAAUGAGCCGUAUAUGAAGAUACCAGCCAGUGAGUCAAAAAUAACCAGUGCUGUUUGGGGACCUCUUGGAGAGUUUGUCAUUGCAGGACAUGAAAACGGUGAAUUAGUACAAUACAGCGCUAAGUCUGGGGAAAUAAUGACAAAAGUAAAAGAACACACCAAACAAAUUAAUGACAUUCAAACAUCCUUAGACCUGACCAUGUUUAUCACAGCUUCAAAAGACAGUACUGCUAAGCUGUUUGAUUCUGCAAGUUUUGAACACUUAAAAACAUUCAGGACUGAACGGCCUGUCAAUUCAGCUGCUAUUUCUCCUAUUGUGGAGCAUGUUGUCCUUGGUGGUGGUCAGGAAGCAAUGGAUGUCACAACAACCUCCACCAGAAUUGGCAAGUUUGAGGCUCGAUUUUUCCAUUUGUCAUUUGAAGAGGAGUUUGGUAGAGUGAAGGGUCACUUUGGACCGAUAAACAGUGUGGCUUUCCACCCUGAUGGGAAAAGUUACAGUAGUGGAGGUGAAGAUGGUUACGUGAGAAUACAUCAUUUUGACCCACAAUAUUUUGAAUUUGAGAUGGAAUUUUGAGGAAAUACGAAAUCAUUACUUGCAAAUUGUAGUGCAAGAAUUACUUUAUUAAGUAAAAGUAUUCAAAAGAGUAUUAUCAUCAUUAAUGUACUCUGUAUUUAAUCAAUUCAGUUGUUCUACGCAAUUGGAGAUAUGCACAGCAAAUGUUUUACAGUGUAACUACAAAGACUUGAACAGAAAAAUCAUCUGCCCUAUUUAAUUUUUCACAUUAUAGAUGUAUAACAUGGACCUCUUUGCAAAGAUCAGCACUAGUUCUUGAUGUUUUUAAAAACAAAAAUUGGCUUCAAUGAAAUUGGAAGGAUGUUUGCUUCAGUUAACUUUAUAAAUUGCAUUCUGAAUUAGUGCACUGAAACAAAAGACUGUUUAGUUAAUGUUCUGAAAUAAAAAUAAUUUGUUUGAGCACAAA